AUGGCUUCUCCCCCUCCACGCGUUGUGAUCAUUGGAGCCGGCAUCGUUGGCGUCAAUGUCGCCGACGAGCUGAUCAAGAGAGGAUGGAACAAUAUCACAGUGGUUGAGCAGGGCCCCCUGGAUAUGCCCGGAGGUUCAACCUCCCACGCACCUGGAUUGGUCUUCCAGACCACUCCGUCCAAGACCAUGUCUCUCUUCGCCAAAUAUACGAUAGAUAAAUUACUAUCCAUUGUCGAGGACGGCCAGAGCUGCUUCAACCAGGUCGGCGGUCUUGAGAUCGCCACUACCCCAGAGAGACUCGAGGAACUUAAGAGAAAACGCGGCUUUGCCUUGUCUUGGGGCAUUGACGCCCGAGUAAUCACCCCAGAUGAGUGUGCCAAGCUAUACCCCCAUCUCAACAAGCAGCUGUUGUACGGAGGUCUUCACAUCCCCACAGACGGUCUUGCGCUGGCCGCCAGAUCGGUUCAGAUCCUCAUUGAGCGCACACGCAAGUCUGGCACUCGAUAUCUCGGAAACACAGCCGUCACCGGCAUCAAGCAGUCUGGUGGCCGCGUCACCGGUGUCGAGACAGCAAAUGGCGUCAUCGAGGCUGACAUUGUCAUUGCCUGUGCUGGUCUCUGGAGUGUCGAGGUCGGUGCCAUGGUUGGCCUUUCCAUCCCAUUGCAGCCAAUGGCUCACCAGUAUGCCAAAACCACACCUGUGCCAGCUUCGGCCGGCCGAAACCCUCUGCCAAACGGUGCCAACCUUCCCAUUUUGAGAUACCAGGACCAGGAUCUAUACUACCGUGAGCACGGCGACCAGUAUGGCAUUGGUUUCUACGGCCACCGCCCCAUGCCUGUCGUUGCCGCCUCCCUCGGCCCUACAGCCAAGAAAGUCACCGAGCAUAAUAUGCCCUCCCGGUUAGAAUUCACACCCAAGGAUUUUGAACCGGCGUGGAAGUUAUCACAGGAGAUCCUCCCCGUUCUGAAAGAGAGCGAGAUCGCCGAUGGCUUCAACGGCAUCAUGUCAUUCACCCCAGACGGCGGCCCUCUCGUCGGCCAAGCCCCAAACCUCGACAACUUCUACGUGGCCGAGGGCGUCUGGGUCACCCACUCCGGCGGUGUCGCCCGCGCGCUCGCCCAGCUGCUCGUCAACGGCAAGUCCGAGAUCGACCUCACCGACUGCGAGCUCAGCCGGUUCGAGGACAUCCAGCUCACCCCAUCGUACGUCAACGAGACGUGCUCGCAGCAGUUCGUCGAGGUCUACGACAUCAUCCACCCCCUCCAGCCCAAGGAAUCCCCCCGCAACGUCCGGGUGAGCCCGUUCCACGCCCGCCACAAGGAGCUGGGCGCCUUCUUCCUCGAGACGGGAGGCUGGGAGCGCCCUCACUGGUACGAGAGCAACGCGAAGCUGCUCGACGAGAUGCCGGCCAAGUUCAAGCCUGCCGAGCGGGACUCCUGGGCCGCCAAGUUCUACUCGCCCAUUGUCGCUGCGGAAGCGUGGAGGACGCGGACCGCCGCGGCCAUGUUCGACACGACGGCAUUCCGUCGGUUGGAGAUUGCAGGCCCCGGUGCCGUCGACCUGUUGGACCGGUUGACGACUGGCAACGUAUCGAGGAAGACUGGCGUCGCCACUUACUCACUCCUGCUCGAUCAAGAGGGAGGCAUUCAGAGUGAGAUGACCAUCUCACGAGUCCUCGACGACUUGUUCCUCCUGGGCGUCAAUGGCCCAACCGACUUCGCAUUCUUCUCCCGCGAGGCCCGCAAGCAGAACAAGCUGGGCAACGGCAGAUUCGUGCACGUUCGCGACAUCACCGGCGGCACCUGCGGCAUUGGUCUCUGGGGCCCCAACGCACACAAGAUCCUCUCUGCUGUGUCGGCGGAUGACUUCUCGGACAGUGCUCUGCCUCACCUCCACCUCAAGCUUGCACACAUCGGCGGCCUGCCUGCCAAGGUCAUCAGGAUGUCGUAUGUCGGACAGCCUGGCUGGGAGAUUGUCACCAGUGCCGAGAACGGUCUUAGAUUAUGGGACUCUUUGUGGAAGGCCGGUCAGGCUCACGGUGUGAUAGCAGCAGGCCGCAGCGCCCUUGCGUCCAUGAGACUGGAGGCUGGCUUCCCGUCAUUUGGCUCCGACUUGACGCCCGAGCAUGAUCCUUACGAGUCUGGUCUCGAGUUCCUUCUACACCCAGGCAAGGAGGGAUAUCUCGGCCACGCUGCCCUCCAAGGCCGGUCUAAAGACGCAGUGUCGAAGCGCCUUCGGCGCCUCGUCAUCAACGACGGCCGAUCCGUCGUUCUCGGCAAGGAGCCAGUGUUCCACAAGGGCACGGCCGUGGGCUACGUCACCAGCUCAGGAGUUGGCUACGAGAUUGGCAAGCCCCUUGCCUAUACCUACCUCCCCAUCAGCCUGGGAGAGGGCGCCGUGGUCGAGAUUGAGUACUUUGGGCGUCGGAUCAGCGCGACCGUCGUGCCUGAGCCGGUUCAUCCGAUGAAGACCGACGAGGGGCGGGUCGCGAGGAGAGCUCACAAGCUGUAG